AAUUUCACUGCGGCGGCUUGUGCGUCGAAAUUGGCUAGGACGCCGGAUUCCUGAAGCCGAAUGGGCAAGUGUAAGUAUUGGUGGGGUCAGCAGCCACAGCGAGGGUGUUUCUUUGACUUCUUCCUGCCGAUUCCUCGCAGGCUUCUCGCCACGAUUGCUCUCAAACCUCUGGGCCCUCCUCCGAGAUUCCUAGGCCUUCUUCUCCGCAACGGUGGCUACUGUGUGACCAGAUUUUGUUGAAGGUAACCGUAUAGUUAGUUUCUAGGGAAUUUCGCCUUCAAUCGCAGCGAGGACAUUAGAAAAUGGUAGGAUUCAUGAUAGUAUCUAACUAUCAUGCAGCUAGCUCAGUAUUAUUCGAGAGAGGUUGAGAAUGUGAUAAUAAAGAACAGCAAAGAUAGAGUGAUGUGAAAUCGUGGAAUUCGUCCUAUGUGGGUUUUAGAGAUGGUGUGGUGAGGGCAGGGAAGCCGCUUCUGGGUCUCGUUUGUCCCGGUCGCUCGAUUUAGAGAUAGCGCCACAGUGCUUUAGAUAGCUUAUGCGAGUAUCUUUGUAGUCGUCAAUUGGCCCACUUCUAAGGUGCGAGAUCUGGCGAGGUUUGAGGUGUAUCGUAACUCAGGGCAGCCAAACGACGUGGUGGUGUACAUGUAGCCGCGAAGGAGCACUGGGGCAUGUUCAGAGAAUCAGAGUAUGCAGUACUGUUUUCCGUUGGGCGGGGAUCUCUGGAGGCUGUCAGGUUUGGACCUCGGGGUCGACCACGACGUGUUCGCAGUCAUUGACCGUUCGAUGUUUUGUGUAUUUUUCUUUUUUUUGAAAGCAAAUCCUGUCAAGCGUGUUUGUAAUGGAUGGACGAGUGCUUUAGGGGGGGGUGAUAAAGCCUCCAGAAGUGAUGGAGUUGCAGUGAAACAUUAGGGUAGAGCUUGCCGUGUGCGUCUUAACCAGAUGCUAGUAUGAAUUUGUUCGGUCAGAUGUUUUGGUGGCCUUUGGUUACUGAUCGGCCAGAUAGCCGUGGGGAAUUUUGAGGGGUUCGGGAGGGAGAAUCCUUGCGCUUGGAAUCAGAUUACGGGCAGAUUUUGAGGAAAGUGUUGCACUAUGGGAAGACCAGUAUCUGGUGUCAGCUCAAGGUUGCCACGUCUGGAAGGGAUGGUGGCGAACUUGGAAAGGUUGCCACCGGUGACGAAACUAAUGGCGGUGUCGAGGUGGGUGAAAUGGAGGUGGCUGGGACUGAACGCCUGCAUGCUCGGAAGCGCCAUGGCUAUGGCGCGCGCGAGUGGAGAAGCUAAAACGCUUGAUAGCGAUGAUGCUAUGAGACUGAACGCGCAUCCGGCUUACUUACAAGGCUUGCAGCUUGCUGUGGUAAGCGGUGUGGUUGGGCGUUACAGCAGCAUGGGAGUCGACACAGUUGGUACUGUUUGUUCUUUGUGCCUGAUGUUCAUUGUAGGUGUAAGUACUGGGUUUCUGUGGAAAGGUGCCCAGAUAAUACCAGUUCAGUCAUCCUGUUCGCCACCUGCGUCUCCUUCGUGGCGUAAGAAGAGUAGCCCAGUUUUGAGCUCCUUGAGGCAGUACACCUUGAAGGAGAUCGUCGAUAUGACGAAUUGCUUCGAGCUGGAACUUGGGAGAGGUGGGCAGGGGAUAGUGUACUGGGGCUCCCUACCAGAGGGACGUGGCAAAGCUGCAGUGAAGAGGCUUCAGAAGAAGACAGGGAACAUUCCGGUAAACGGCAAACUUGUGAAUAAUUGCAACAAGGAGUUGGUUGAGAAGGAGUUUUGGGCGGAGCUUAAUGCAAUCUCCAGGCUUCACCAUCGCAACCUUGUGGCUCUUCUGGGUUACUGCGUUGAGGAGGAUGACCUAUUUCUUGUAUACGAGUUCAUGGCUAAUGGGUCCCUUAGGCAGCACCUCCAUCCUAGAACCCUGGAGGACGCUGAAGGUAUGCUGCUAGACUGGAAGGCACGGAUGCGUUGUGCAGUUGAAGUAGCGCAGGGACUGGAGUACCUUCACAACCAUGCGAAUCCUCCUCUGGUUCAUCGAGACAUCAAAUCGGGCAAUAUUCUCUUCGACGAUGAAAUGAAUGCGAAGAUUGCAGAUUUUGGACUGAGCAAGGCUGUUAUUUCAGGAGAGGAUCCCACAGUGUCAAUGCGCGUGCGGGGCACCCAUGGAUAUGUAGAUCCUGUCUACCUUCAGAAUGGACACCCGUGUGAUAAGAACGAUGUCUACAGCUAUGGUGUGGUAUUGUUGGAGCUCAUAACUGGUCGCCGUGCGCUCCAGCACAAACUCACAUUGGUACAAUGGUGUAAAGACUUUCUAGGUGUAGAUGAGCAUGUGAUGCGCCAUCUUCUUCCUCGAAUGAUUGACAGCCGGAUUAGUAACUCAGACAUUCCCCACGAUCAGCUUUUUGAAGUUGUUAAGAUUGCUCGAAAUUGCAUUCAGGAGAGGCAGUCGGACAGGCCGACCAUGAAGGAUGUGGUAGCUGGGUUGUAUAACGCCAAGUGCAAUGACUUGAGUCCAACUCAUAGUACCGAAUUUCCGACCUGGCACGUACCGUUGCAAGUGCCUGUCACUCAUUUCGGAAGCAAUGGUGGUUCCAGCAACGAUGCCAGUUCGAUUUACAAUCCACACACUUCCAUUCACCAUGAUUCUGGAUGCAGUUCACCUUCUUACGAGGUCAAGGACAAAAGUAUCCGCGUCAGAUGCAGCAUUGGAGAUGCUAACAUUAUGUUAAGGUGCAAGAUAUGGCCUACAUCAAAGAACAUUGGGUUGAACAAGGUGGAAGUUUCAAUGAAUGAUGUUGUUCUCUGGAAGAAAGGCCUCUGGUGGUACAAUGCAAAGAGCAGUCGGGAAUUUACGAUCGGUAAUGAUACUAAAUUGACCGCCGUAUGGCAUGUCACACUACGAACAAAAUACGAUGGUCUGGCCGCUGAUGAUCCUCGAAGAAGUCUGGGUCCUUUCUGCGUCGAGUAUCUGGCUCUCAAGGAUAAUAGAAAACAGGCUUUGGUUGAAUAUCAUGGUGACAAAGAUCCGCUUCCUAUACAAUCGAUGGAAAGGAAUCUAAGAAGAGAAAGUAGCGGAUCCGGAUCCGGAUCUGGAUCGGGGUCUAGUUCAGAGCGCCGGAGAAGCAAUCGUUCGCGGAUCCGUAAACGAUCUAUUAGUCCCAGAUGACUUGACAAUUUUCCUACAUUCAUCUCGAACUAGGCUGUCCUCUUGGGUCCCUUGAUGUACGAAUCUGCGCACACGUACUCUCGAGAGCCUCAUUUGCGCUGCUGAUCAAGUCUGAAUGCGCGAAUUUUGGAGGAGAUCCAAUCAAUGAAGGAAAUAUUCCGAUCUUUGGAGCCUGCUGACAACGCACCUCUCUUCCUUUGAUUUGAAGUGCCAAUUUUGAAACUACAGUUUGUACAGAUACGUUUAGAUACCUUUUUAUUUAUUUAUUUUAUUUAUUUUUUCCUUUUCGCCUUGAUUGUGGAGCAUAGAUAACAGCCAAGAGUCAGCCCAUCAGUCGGCAUUCCAACUCAGAAUGCGCCUGACUGGUUUUUUCCAACUGUAACGUUGUUGUGACUGCAAUGAAAUCUUUCCUGUGUGGAAGAAUAUUUAGACGGUGCAAUUGGGAUUUAGGUUCACACAUUCAGUAAUGAAUAAAGACUAAUAAACAACUUGGACAAUGAUAGGGUCAGUGUUCCAGAAAUUGUCCAAUAUUGUGGAC